CUUCUUCGUCGCUCUUUAUUUUAGUCUGUUGACAGUUCACCGGAAGCUCCGCAUUUUCCUUUAAGGAAAAAUUCUCCUUUUCUUCUCCUUUUCUCUGAAUAAAACCAAGCCUCCGGGGCCCGUGGAGCGGCGGGAGAUGACGGGGAUGGAGGAGUAUAAUAACGGCAGCGAGAGCUCAUUCAACUGUGAAGAAGCUGAUAGCAUCGUGAAAGAGUGCAUCGAGGCCGUCGUCGGGGCUGACGACUACAGCCAGAGUCUGGUGAACAAAUGGACCGCCGGCAUCGUGGAGCGCUGCCUCACACAGCUGGUGAAGCAGGGCAAAGCCUACAAGUACAUCGUGACGUGUGCUGUGAUGCAGAAAACUGGAGCAGGCCUCCACACGGCUAACUCCUGCUACUGGGACACGGCUAUGGACGGCAGCUGCACCGUGAGGUGGGAGAACCGCACCAUGUACUGCGUGGUCAGUGUGUUCGCUGUGGCCGUGGCGUAGGUCGGUGUCCUGUGAACACCAGGGGGCCCCAGAGAGCCUCCUGGCGGCUUGACCUUUGACCCCCCCAGAGGAAAACGACUAUUUUCUGCCUUCAGAUGCAUGCAAUCAUCGCAAAGUAUUGAUCUCUCUUUAUUUAUCAUUUGCUGCAGCUGGAGUCUUCUUCUGUGGUUUCAUGUUUAAAACGUGUAUCUGUUCUACAAGUGUUUCUUUUUCUGAGCCAUUUGCCAGAAAAUAAACAAGAAAUAUGAUGUUGAGGCUUUUAUCUUAACUCAAUAAAGGUUUGAACAUGA